AUGAAACUCCUUCUGCUGGUCACUCUGCUCACAGCAAGCACUACUGCACACAGCAUCAGCCGUCGGUCUUUGCUGCAGUUCUAUGAUAUGAUCAAGUGCACCAUCCCUGAGAGUCAUCCUUUGGCGCAAUUCAAUGACUAUGGCUGCUACUGUGGCUAUGGGGGCUCAGGCACCCCCGUGGAUGAGUUAGACAGGUGCUGCCAGACUCAUGACAAUUGCUAUGGUCAGGCCAUGAAGAUGGAAAGCUGCAAAUUCCUCAUAGACAACCCCUACAGCAGCUGCUACUCAUACUCCUGCUCUGGGAAUGAGGUCACCUGCAGUGACAAAAACGACCCCUGUGAGGCCUUCAUCUGCAACUGUGACCGCGAGGCCGCCAUCUGCUUCUCCCAGGCUCCAUACAUCAAGGAGGACAAAGGCAUUAAGUGUUAG